CAAACGAUUCAGAUUGCUCCGUGCGCAUCCCUUUCUUUUCUUUGUGUCAUAUCGCAGUUUUGGUUCACCAUGUGAAACACAUCCGGUAAAGUAAAUCGAACAUUUUCUACUCAGCGGGUUCUUUAGGACUUGCACUCGAUCUUUUCCAAAGAUCAUAACUCUUACAAGUGUGUAGGAUUGGAGAAGUUGGCGAAAACUUCUCUCGUCCACUUCAAAGUUUCUCCGUGCUGAAACUGACUGAACUUUUGCGGAAACUUCUGCGCGCUAAACAAUAAACCGAGUUUCGCUCUUCAGAGAAGGACUUUACAAACUAAAUUUGGUUCUUAAUUUGAUAAAAUUCGUCUGGAAAAUUGUGAGUCUCAUCUUUGAUGAUAAAUUUCAAAUAAGAUAUUGGAAACCAUGAAGUUGUUGGCGCUUUUACGCGGUUUGAGAUUCUUUUACUUAUUGGGAGUUGUACUUCUUCCAGUGUUGUAUGGAAUUUCUCGCGCUGAAAUGGACAAAAAUGGAAAUGGACAAAAGAAAUCCAGGAUAAUCGGAGACCACUUGGUUUCUGCCGGUAAACCCAAAACUCGGAUAGUUGCGACAAAGUAUGGUGAACUGAGAGGCUUUAUCGCAACGUUGCCCAAUAAGCAUUUGCAAGCCAUCGAAGUAUACCUGGGUGUGCCAUACGCUAGCCCACCGGUUUCGGCUUUACGAUUUAUGCCACCAGUGACACCGGCUCAUUGGAAAGGAGUUAAGACUGUUGACCAUUACGGUCCAGUAUGCCCCCAGAAGUUGCCGAACAUAAAAAAUGAAACUGAAGCAUUAAAGAGAAUGCCAGCCGGCAGGCUGGAGAUUCUAAAGAGACUGCUUCCCCAUCUCACGAACCAAAGUGAAGAUUGCUUGUAUCUCAACAUAUAUGCGCCACAAAGAAGUGGAAGAAAUAAUAGCAGAGUUCCGGUAUUCGUUUUCAUACACGGCGAGUCCUUCGAGUGGAAUGCAGGGAACCCCUAUGAUGGUAGUGUCCUUGCCAGCUUUGGAAAUGUGGUAGUGGUCACCGUCAAUUUCCGACUCGGAGUUCUAGGAUUUCUUCCUGUCAUGGAAGGUUCUGCAAGAGGUAACUACGGACUUACAGAUCAAGUUGCUGCACUGCACUGGAUCCAAGAAAAUAUUGCUGAAUUUGGUGGAGAUCCCCAGAACGUCACUCUAUUUGGACAUGGGCAUGGAGCAGCUUGCGUGAAUUUUUUGGUCCUCUCGCCUAUGUCUAGAGGAAAUUCUCUUUUUCCAGCAGGUUUAUUCCAUCGAGCUAUAAUGAUGAGUGGAUCUGCCUUGAGCCCAUGGGCAAUAGCCCGUGAUGCCAAUCUUUAUGCCCAACAAAUAGGCCGGACUGUGGGAUGCCCAACGAAUCAACCAGCUAAACUCUUGGAAUGCUUGCGACAGCGUUCAGUUAAAGAUAUUUUAAGAGUGGAUAUCUCAGUACCGAUGUUCCUUACCGGAUUUGGACCAACUAUCGAUGGUAUUGUUAUCCAGAAUGAACCUUCUACCAUGAUGGAAGAACUUGUAAAUGAACAUAAGUUUGGCAUGUUUGAUCUCAUGUUUGGCGUUACCAGAGUAGAAUCGUAUUUCCAGAUUUCUGAAAAAGAAGAAAAGGAUGGCCUAUCAAUUGAACGCAGAGACAAACUUUUAAGAACACUAGUCAGAAAUAUCUUCAACUUUCAUCUACAGGAAAUUUUUCUUACUAUAGUCAACGAGUAUACCGACUGGACGAAAGCUAUUCAACACGAUAUUAAUGUUUUGGAUAACACACUUGAUGCCCUUGGCGAUGCACUUGUGGUUGCUCCAAUGGUACGUUCGGCAAAUUAUCACUCGAUGAGUCAAAGGAGAUCGUUCUUCUAUGUGUUUAACUAUCAGACCGAAGAUGGAAAAUUUCCUCAAAGGCAAGGUUGUGUAUCCGGAGAGGAUCUUCAGUUUGUAUUUGGUGCUCCACUGGUUCGUACUUUAGGACAUUUUAAGAAGAACUAUACACAGCAGGAGGUAGUGUUAUCUGAAGCAAUUAUGACUUACUGGGUGAAUUUCGCUAAAUAUGGCGAUCCCAACCCUUUGCCAUCCGAAAAACCUCAGGAUAGAACAAAGGGCAGAUACGAACGGACUUUGUGGCCGAAAUAUGACAAUAUUCACCAGAAAUACUUGCUAUUGGCUGGUACGAAACCCAGAGUUCGAGAUCACUACCAUGCUCACCGUCUUUCUUUUUGGCUGAAUCUAUUUCCUCAACUUCACGCUUCAACUGCCGCCACUGUCUCUCCAGAGCAUCAUCUUCUGGAUGAUCAUGACAACCUUCAGUCUUACGAUGGAGCUGUACGUCAAGUACCUUUCUCAUUAUCGAAGACAGCAGCUGAUGCUGCCACUCAUGCACCAACAACCUCGACAACCACAACUUCAAAAUCGACCUCGGCCAGUACUCUUUUAAGCUCGAUACAACCUUAUUAUCAAGUACCCACCGAGAAUGUAACAAUGCCAGUCACCACUGUGAAUACCACAGAUGCCCCAGCUGUAGUAAUGACCCAGAGCUCCUUCAAUGCUGCGCUCAGCGUAACCAUAGCCGUCGGAGCAUCCCUUCUGAUAUUAAAUGCCCUAAUUUUUGCGGGUAUAUAUUAUCAACGGGAUAGGACCAGAGCUGAAGAGAUUCUUAAGAAAAGGAUUUUGACGCAAAAAGCCAUUGACGCUACUUUGGAAGCCGCAGCUGUGGUAAACUUGAAAUCGGCUACUCUUCGAGCUCCUCCCCCAUCUCCUGUAUGCCAGACCAUGCAACAGCAGGAAUUGACCCUUCAUCCUCCACCUCAGAAACUUAAUCAUCCUCAUAAGACCCUGCCGAAGCCCUGCAUGGUACCUUGUCCACCCCAAAUUCAAAAAGAGAGCUUAGCCGACGUGCAGGCCCUGGUGAAUCAGGGGGUUGCUACAAUGACCAAAAAGGCCCCAGCACAACAGUUUAGACAGAACGCGCAGGUUCAUCAGUCUCAUUCUAAUGAUGUCAAGCUUUAAGAGGAUCGUCAGUACAUUGCUCUUGUGACACACUUAAGAUGUUGAACUUGAGAUGUACCGAGACUUAUUGUCGAAUAUUUCGGUGCAAUUUGAUGUUCCGUGAUGUCAUUUGUUGUUUGUUGUUUUCAAGAUCCCAACGAGCUAAUAUACUGGUGAAUCUUACUACAAACUCUAAACUUCCAGUAACAUGAGCUCAAGAUGGAUAUCCUUAAUUAUAUCAAUACUUGUUUGUGGUGAUAUAAAUUAUAUGUCUAUAUAUGUUAUGUAUGCAUCUAGCACUAUCUUGGAUACUUAUUGUGGGGACAAGGUACUAAAACCACUGUUGCUUGUUUUGCUGCUGUUAAGGUGACUGCCUACGUUCAAGACUUUCUUUUAGUUCUUUAUAGUGUUUCUAAUAAGUAGUACAGAAAAAGAAUAAAAAUCUAAAAAACAAAUUUUUGUACGAGUUCUAAUUUUUUUAAUUGACAAACUAGGAAGCAACUUUCUACAAAAUUUUACCAAAUUGACUAACACUCUUCCAAAUUGGUCAAUUCCCAACACUUAAAAAUCAUAAUUUUCUUUACACAGUAAGCAAAUA